GCUAAAUAUUCUACAAGUUAUUGAUACAUUAUCUUAGUGUGCUUCAUUGAGAGACAUGGUUUGGAGAGAAACAGAAUAGGCUCGAGUGCAACUACUAUCUUACAGAACCAUGUCUGCAGUGCUCAGCAACACAUGCCAGCAAACAAAAGAAAGUUCAAAAAGAAAUGAAAUUGCACGUCGACGAUGGAAGAUACUUGCACGUGCCCUUCAAAGAAGUAGCGAGGGUGAGACAAAUGAAGAUGAAGAUGUAUCUGUUCGACGCUUCACCUCAUUUCAUCUUUUCACAAUGAAAUUGUUACCAUCUUAUAAUAAUUCCACUAGCUCUGUGGCAUCAUGGUCAGAGUACUCUGUAGUCGUUGCACGUGAAAAAUAUUCCAUAUUUAUUCGCCACCCCUUUCCAAAUUUCACAGCCACAGAACUGAUGGGAUUCAAUAAUACAGGAAAUAUUUGUAUUUGGCCUUCAGAAGAAGUACUAGCAUUCUACGCACUGUGUAACUUACAACAGUUUGCUGGGAAAACAAUUCUUGAACUAGGGGGUGGCAGCACUUGUCUUGCUGGUCUUUUCCUUGCUAAAUAUUCAUCAGCUUUCAAGAUACAUCUUACUGAUGGAAAUGAAUCUGCCAUGAAAAAUGUUCAGUAUAUUGUUGAUCGUAACUUUCCACAGGGAAAUGACAGACUUGUAUGUUCUGUAUUAGAAUGGGGAAGCUUUUGGAGGCUAGCUGUUAAUCAGCAUAUUAAGCCUUAUGACAUAAUACUGUCUGCUGAUUGUUUGUUCUUUGAUGAAGCAAGAAAUGAUUUAGUAGAGACUAUAUGGACAGUCUUGAGUGAAAAUGGGACAGCUUUUGUAAUGGCACCACAGAGGGGUGAUACAUUUGACAAGUUUAGACAAGAGGCAAAGGCAAGGGGAUUUAUAUGUUCAAGCAAAAAGCAUUACAGUGAUCAUGUUUGGAACAGACACUUGCAGGUCAAACAAAACUGUGAUUAUGAUGAAAAUAUCCAUUAUCCACUGCUACUUAUUUUGAAAAAGUCUAUGCCAGCAGAAAUUGGAGACCAAUUCAACCUCUAGGGAUUAUAUCUUGCCUUUACAGAAAUUAAUGAAAUGUAUUAAAAAGUUACAAAAUUUCAGAAGUAAUUAUAUUUGAUCAUUUUACUGAACUAUGGUGCCAUAAUGAAACUUUGAAAGAGAUAUCAGUAUUUUCACAUUGUUGUUUUGUAAAUGAUGAAAGUUAAUCUAGUCAUACUACAAUUGAGUAGAAUUGAUGUCAAGUAUACUGUUGUAAAUUUAUUGGAGUGUUUGGAAUUUUAUAUCCAAGGAUCAGAAACGUUUGUGCCAUUGUGUAAAAGACUGAAAAAAUUUGUGAACUUAGUUUUAUUAUUUUAUUGAGGAUUAUUUAUUUGAAACAGAGCACUUUAUAAUAUUUGCAAAUUAACUGGUACGAUGAUUCACAAAUUUUCAGUAACUUAAAGCGUACAAAAGAGGACUUUUGAGUACUGUAUAUCUUUGUGUUCCUGUUGUGUACGUAUACUUUUUUAUGUAACAGGUGGAAUGUUUGGUUCUGAUGAUUGUAUUGAGUGUGUCAUUCCUAUCCAGUGAGCAAAUUGCCUGUCUUUUUGACAUAUGUAAUAACACUUACCGCUCUUUCAUUCCUAUUCUUUCCAUUGUGCGGGAUGGGCUCGAAUGAUUGUAUGAAUACUUGCCAUAAAUUAUAGAUUCUGUGUCAAGUUGUGAAAGAUAUUGCUUGACAGUCACAUCCAGUACAUAGCUAACUAUUUUGAAAAAGCUUUAAGUAUCUGUACUUCUGUAGCCUAGAUGUAAUAGACAGAUGGUGUCUUGCAACUGCAGUGAUUUUUUUCAUUAUUUCCUGGUUCUUACCUGACAGUGAAAACUGUAUUUUAUGUUGUAACUCUAUUUUAAGAUGAAUAUAUGAAAUAGUGUGUGUUUUAAACUGUAUCAGUGAGAAACCAUUCAGCACCUAUGACACUGCAGUUGCUAGAUGCGUCUUUCUUUUAUGUUUCAGUUAUUUCCUAACAUUCCUCUUUUUACCUUUUCUACAUAUCUAUUUUUUAUUGUUUUAAUGUAAUGAAGAAAAUUUAAUGUAGUGUUGGAAGUUCACAUCUGGAUGCAAUUUCGAAAUUCUUGUUCAUAAAAAUAUUUGAAAACAUUAUUAACCUGAGAGGCUAGAAAAUGGAGAGUGCAUGGCAUGAGGAAACUUAAACUCAUAGAUAUUCACAAGGACAAUCUCUCUAAUGAAACGGUUUAAACACAGGCAUUUUGAAGCACGAAUACUGUACUGAUUGAUAGGAUUGGUUGGAAUAUAGUUGGUACCAGUCUUUACCCUUUUUUUGUAGUGAAGGGAUUCAAAGAUUCUGAUGUAGCAUUGUUUGUUUCCAUAGGUACACUUCUCUCUCUCUCU